AUUGAAGAUGCCACGACCAAAUCUGAUUCUUUUGAGGCACUUGAUGCAUUUGUUACACGAGAUUAAAAGUCAUUCUUCCAUUUGGUUUGUGAACGCUCAUAUUUUAUCAUUUCGCAUUGCUGAUAGUCUUCUAUGGAAGGAUACUGCUGACUACUCAAUAUCAGAAACAGAUUUCUCAAAAAGGGUUUCCCUUAUAAAACUUCUAAUUGAUUAUUUCCCCAAGAUUUUUAAAGAGGAUACUAGUAAAUUGUAUAAAGAUGUCCAAAGGAGUGUGGAGGACAUCAAGAACUCCUCUGGUGAUAAGUCUCCUGAUAAGGCUGAUGCGGAUAACCAAAUGGAUAUUGGAACAACUUUCUUCUCCAGUACAAUUGAUCAUCCUGUGGAGGAUGAUAACUGAAGAAACUUUUGGAUUGUCCAAGCAACCUUACUUCCCUUCAGUUUCUUACCAAACUAAAUACUUGGAAUCCCCACAAUUUCAUUUGUCUACAUCCUUCCCUUCCUC